CUGCUGGAAAACUGAGAUGAAUAACACUGUCGGUCAAACUCCUGGGAGAAAAAGUCACUGUUGAUUGAAGGAAGCUUCUCAUCACCACACACGAAAAGAAGUGGAACAGAACCCCCCCUUUUGCUGAAGAUCAAGUCUUCUCCUCUUGUUGGGAGAUCCUAACUGCAGCAGACGAUGGCCGAGGUUGCCGUGUCAACCGUUGCUACAAAGCUGACGGAGCUACUGGUGGAGCAAGCAGCGGUGGCGGUUUCACAGCUUGCAGGGGUAAGAGGGCAGGUGGAAAAUUUGAAGAACGAAUUGGGGUGGAUGCAGAGCUUUCUCAGGGAUGCAGAUGCCAAACAAGAAGGCAGCGACCGAGUUCGCUUGUGGGUGUCGGAAAUCAGAGACGUGGCUUUCGAGGCAGAAGAACUAAUAGAAACCUACGUGUACAACACAACCAUGCAGAGGCAGUUGGACAAGGUGUUCAGACCUUUUCAUCUGUACAAGGUCAGAACCAGGAUCGACAAGAUCCUGUCCAAGAUCAAGAGUAUAUCCGGCAGGCGGGAAACCUACGGCGUCGUAAUGACAGGUCAUGAUGGUAAUAAUAGUAAUGAAAGGUUGAGGCAGUGGAGACAGCCUUCUCCUUCUUCUGAGGAAGAGUAUCUUAUUGAGCUUGAAGAUGACAUGGAGUUAUUUCUUAGCCAGUUGCUUGCCCUGGAACCAAACCCUUACGUAGUUUCUAUAGUUGGCAUGGGGGGUUUGGGGAAAACCACUUUGGCUAAGAAGCUCUACAAUCACAAUAAAAUUACCAACCAUUUUGAUUGUAAAGCGUGGGUGUAUGUCUCUAAAGAGUAUAGGAGGAUAGAUGUUCUGCAAGGGAUUCUGAGGGAUGUGGAUGGUGCCCCCAGACAUGAAAUGGGGAGAAUACCUGAGGAAGAGUUUAUCAACAAGCUGCGCACUGUGUUGAGCGAGAAAAGGUAUUUGGUGGUGCUUGAUGACAUUUGGGGGAUGGAGGUUUGGGAUGGGUUAAAAUCUGCCUUUCCUAGAGGGAAGAUGGGAAGCAAGAUAUUGCUGACCACAAGGAACUGGGAUGUUGCUUUACAUGCUGAUGCCUGUAGUAAUCCUCAUCAGUUGCGGCCAUUGACAGCAGAUGAGAGUUUGAGAUUGCUCAGUAACAAAGCUUUUCCUGGAACGAACGGCAUCCCCGCAGAGUUAAAGGAUCUUGCGACGGAGAUUGUGGUCAAAUGUGGAGGUUUGCCUCUGGCUGUGGUAGUGGUCGGUGGUUUGCUGUCUAGGAAGCUCAAGUCAAGUGGGGAGUGGAAACGGGUGCUGCAAAAUAUCAGCUGGUACUUGCUAGAAGAGCAAGAGAAGAUAGCAAGAAUUUUGGCUUUAAGCUACAAUGAUUUGCCUUCUCAUUUAAAGUCGUGUUUUUUGUAUUUGGGUCUUUUCCCGGAAGGUAUGAACAUUCAGACAAAAAAAUUGAUCAGACUAUGGGUAGCGGAGGGAUUUCUUCCGCAAGAAGGAGAAGAAACUGCUGAAGGUGUUGCCCAGAAAUAUUUGAAUGAGUUGAUUGGUAGGUGCAUGAUUCAAGUGGGAACAGUGAGCUCGUUAGGCAGAGUCAAAACAAUUCGCAUCCACCAUCUCCUCAGGGAUCUUUCACUCUCUAAAGGAAAAGAGGAAUAUUUUCUCAAAAUAUUUCAAGGUGAUGUGACAGGUCCAUCCACUAAAGCCCGGCGCCAGUCCAUGCAUUCUUGCGAUGAGAGGUAUGACUUCUUAAAACACAAUGCGCAUCAUUCACGUUCCUUGCUGUUCUUCAACAGAGAAUAUAAUGCAGAUAUAGCCAGGAAACCCUGGCUUCCUUUAAAUUUUCAGCAAGAAAAGAAGUUGAAUUUCAUCUACAGGAAAUUUAAGCUACUCAGGGUAUUAGAAUUAGAUGGUGUUCGGGUAGUUAGCCUGCCAAGCACAAUAGGGGACUUGAUUCAGUUGAGGUAUCUAGGAUUGAGGAAGACUAAUCUAGAAGAAGAACUUCCACUUUCCAUUGGAAAUUUGCUAAACCUGCAGACACUUGAUCUAAGUUAUUGUGUCUUUUUGAAGAAAAUACCAAACGUAAUUUGGAAGUUGGUGAAUUUGAGACAUCUGCUCCUGUACACUCCUUUUGAUUCUCCGGAUAGUGGCCAUCUACGGUUGGACACAUUAACCAAUCUACAAACCCUACCUCACAUUGAGGCUGGAAACUGGAUAGUCGAUGGUGGUUUAGCGAAUAUGGUUAACCUUAGGCAAUUGGGGAUUUGUGAAUUAUCAGGACAAUUGGUGAAUUCUGUACUUUCUACCGCACAAGGAUUACGGAACCUUUGUUCACUGUCACUAUCACUUCAAUCUGAAGAGGAUGAAUUUCCAAUCUUUAUGCAGCUGUCUCAGUGCACUCAUCUCCAGAAGCUCUCUUUAAAUGGAAAGAUCAAGAAGCUACCUGAUCCACAUGAGUUCCCUCCAAACCUCUUAAAACUAACUCUACAUAACUCCCACCUACAGAAGGAGUCUAUUGCCAAACUGGAGAGAUUACCAAACCUUAAGAUGCUCGUUUUGGGUAAAAGGGCAUACAAUUGGCCGAAACUGACUUUCAAUUCCGAAGGGUUUUCACAAUUGCAUAUUUUGCGACUUCAUUUGAAAGAAUUGGAGGAUUGGACAGUUGAGCAAAGUUCAAUGCCAAGGCUUGAGUACAUCGUUAUUGAUCGUUGUGAGAAAUUGAAAACGAUUCCGGAAGGACUGAAAGCUAUCACUUCUCUGAAGAAAUUAAAAAUUAUAGGAAUGCCUGUAGAAUUUGAACAUAAACUUCGGACUAAAGAUAUCUCCGAGUUCACAAAUACUCCGGUAAUUGAAUCAACUACAGACAUUUUGGCAUUUGAUUAAUCGCUGGCGCAAUGUUGGUGAUAAUGAUAAGAGACCCACACCUUCAUCUAUGGAAUGGAAGCAUUUGCAAGUUCUGACACUCAAUAGUUCAGGAUCCUGCUUCAAUUUUUUUUUUUGGCAAAAUGCAUCUUCUUGACAAUGGUUCAAGCACUGAUCAGUCUUUUUCACUUCUGUUCACGCAGGAUCUUACUCUUUUUCAAAAUCUUUGGGAAUGGCUUCUGGUAACUACUCAUGUAAACAGUACAGGGAUUUGCCACAAGAGAGCAUUUCUCUGAGAUUGAACAGCUGAGACAAAUGGAUAGCUCAGUCACACGUAAAUGGCCGAGAUUUAUCUCAAUUUUUUAAUUUAUGGUUUUAAUUUUUUUAAUGUGGCCAGAAAAGGGUCCUGGAUAUUCAUUGUUCUUUCGUUUUUUGCCGAACGUCACUAUCACAAACAAUUCUUUUUCAUUUACAGCAAAAGCUGAAACGUUAGAAAGAAUUUCAGUGCUAAUGUAAUGCAGCACAGUGCCUCGGGUAUAGCAAACCUUGUCGCAGCAGCUAUACAAGAAAAAAUAAUUUGUCA